AUGGAGCAGGUCAGCGUGCUCACGAAGUCGGAUAUGACCGGCAAUGACAUCGUUGCCGCCUGGGUCAGCCGGAGGAUCCAGCCACUUCAGGCCCGCGUCAGGGGAAUGUGGUCCGCAACAUUCUCUGAUGAGACGGCCCCGUCAAACCUCUUGGAGGCGGCCAACGACCUGGUCCAGAGUACUGAGCCAAUGACCUGGUCUAGAACUAAUGCAAAAGCAAAACAUUCCAAGGCAAAUAAAUCCACUGAUGAUAAUGGCAGUUUCAGAAAAGAUGCUGAAGCUGAUUCAAGAAAUGCUAGUAAGGCUGUUGAUCAAAAUCCUCCGCCACCAAAGCAAGAUUUCAUCCAUGUGAGGGCAAGAAGGGGUCAAGCAACCAACAGCCAUAGCCUUGCAGAAAGGGCACGUCGUGAGAAAAUAACCGAGUGGGUGAAAAUUGUCCAAGAUCUUGUCCCUGGAUGUAAUAAGGUUAUUGGCAAAGCAUCGGUCCUCGGUGAGAUAAUCAAUUAUGUCCAAGCUUUGGAACGUCAAAUUGAGUUCCUGUCCAGGAAGCUUGAGGCGGUUAAUGCCCAUGCUCACAAUGGGGCCGAGACAUUUCCAACUAAAGAUGUAAGCUCGCCGACGUACAACACAGCUCCAGGUCUAAUAUUUGACCCGCAAACACCAAGGGAGUACACGCAAGGCUCGCCGGCUUCAGAGUGGCUUCGCAUGCAGAUUGGUGGCAACUACGAAAGGGCGACAUGA